AUGAUUAUAUCAUUAGAAACUGUGAUUCAAAUAUCAGAAAAUGCUAAAAGUUGGUCGGAAGUUUAAAUGAGUUCUCCCAACAAUACUUAUAUACUAAAUAUAACGAAUACAGUAACCUAUCCCUAUUAUGCCAUAAAUGUUGAACUGCACAAGCAAGAUGACACAUUUUCAUUGCACUAUGGAAUUGGUAAACCUCCUGAAUUUAGUUUAAAUUUAUCUGAAAUUACAGAAGUGUAAGGAUUUGAUAUAUAUGGGUAUUGCAACUAUAUGAAUAUUUUAUAGGUAUCUAGAAAAUAGAUUUACACACUUCAUCUUAUUGUCAAGCUAAGAUUUCCAAAAGGGAUAAGUUUAUAUAUCUACUUCUUCAGAAUGGACUUAAAAUUACAAUAUUACAGUUACUGCCACUUACGAUAAACUAUGUCCAAACAACUGCAACAACCAAGGCAGUUGCUAAGUAUUCAAUAAAUUCACUAUUUAGGAUGGAAAAUGUUUAUGCAACAAAUAUUAUAUAGGAAAUGAUUGUCAUUAACAAGCAACUUAUAUAGAAUAAAAUAAAGAGAUAUUUCUUAACUUAGAGAACACUGUUAAAUAUGCUUAUGUCGAUUUAGAAGAAAGUGUAAACCAAACCAUGAGUUUAAUAGUUAAAGUAUUUGGAAUAAUGUAAUUUAGACUAACAGUUCUGAAGGAGUUGAUUUGUAUAUAAUGAAAACUAGAGUUCUUUACAUACCUGCAUUAGAAGAUCUGAAUAGAAAAUAUUAUGAUCUACUAGUGGAAGGCAAUGAAGUUUCAUAUUUGUAUCCUAUAGAAUUUGGAUUAAAAGACAGAAAUGAUAUUAGUACUCAAAUACAAAAAAGAAUUAGAUUUAUAUUCAAAUAGAAGUCUCUUGUAGAAUAAAAUAUUUAACUUUCAUUGGAUCUAAUUAAUCAAAGAACUUAAAAUACAAUAUCAACUACUACAGUAAUAAUAAUAGUUGCCUCAAUAGCUGGUAUAAUAAUGAUUUUAAGUUUAUCAUUUGCAAUUGGCAAAUAUUUCAGAAAUAAGAAAAUUAAAGAAACCUUAGCUGCUUUAGCAAUGAUAAGAUAGAUGCAGCAUGAAAAAAAAUAUAGUGCUAAAAGUUUCGAUGAUGAAAUCUUAGAAUAAUUACCUUAGAUUGAAAAUGAUCAUAUCAAAAAUACAGAUGUAUGUCCUAUUUGCCUCGAUCUUUACAUUAAUAAACCAGAUCUCAGAUCUACUAAAUGCAAGUAUUAUAUUAAAUUAUCUUAGACAUUUAUUCCAUAGAGAAUGUAUACUCUCUUGGAUAUAUAUAAAUAAGAAUUGCCCAACCUGCAGAUGUGAUCUAAAAAUACAUAUGAAUCAACACAGAAACUAAUAGCAGUGA